AUGAGGCAUGUUGUUGUGAAUACUAGUAGGCAAGCUAUUACUAUUGAAACGGAGGGUGUGUUGGUAUCCUUUGUUCAUGCUAGUUGUUUUCAAGUCACUCGUAGAAGGUUAUGGCAGCAACUUUCUUCAGUUGAUAAUAAUACUCCUUGUUUGGUCAUGGGUGAUUUUAAUUGUGUGUUGCGUAAUGAUGAGAAAAAAGGAGGUUGUGAACCGCGGACUUCAGUCAUUAAUGAUUUUAGUGAUUGGAUGGAUGACAAUGAUCUCUUUGAAGUUGAUUUUUUGGGUUCUAAAUUUACUUGGGCUAAUGGGCAAUCUGGUGUUCGUAGAAUCCUUUGCAAGAUGGAUAGAGCUAUUAUCAAUGAAGUCUGUCUUAAUAAGUUUGAGAAUUUGAGGUGUAAAGUUCUUCCUCGUGAAGUUUCCGACCAUUCUUCUCUUAUUGGCUUUCCUUUUUCCAACCCAAGACCGAAACGAGCUCCUUUUAGAGUGCAAAAGAUGUGGUUUUCUCACCCUGAUUUCAUGCGCAUGGUUAUUGAGAGUUGGAAUGCUCAAGUUUCUGGCUCUCCCGCUUUUAUUUUUCCUUACAAGCUCAAAAGAUUAAAGGCUGCCAUGAAGGAGUGA